UGGGAGGGUCUGAAGAGUCUGGGGGGGAACUGGGGUGUGACAUGGACUCCAGCCCCUUUUGUAACCUCCCCAGUUGCGCCUCUCGCCCCGACAGGCUGAGGAAUCACGUCCACGUUUCUCUCCAGAUGGGCCCGUCUUCCAGGACACCGGGAAGGGAAAUGUCUGUGAUGGAGCCAGCUCAGAUGCCGGUGACAUUCGAGGAGGUGGCUGUGUAUUUCACCCAGGGGCAGGGGGCUCUGCUGGACCCUGCUCAGAGAGCCCUCUACAGGGACGUCAUGCAGGAGAAUUACGAGACGGUGACCUCGCUGGGAUUUCCCAUUCCCAAACCUGAGCUGAUUGCCCGGUUAGAACGAGGGGAGGAGCCAUGGGUGCCUGAUCUCCUGGCCUGCAAAGAAAGAAGGCUUCCGAGAUGCACCCGUACAGGUCCAGACGCGGCAGGCAGGCUCCCCCAUUGACUCCGCCUACUCCUCUCGCGGAGCAGGAGU